CCUUGCCCUUCAUGUAGUACCACCCUUGCUCCCCACUGCGAUGUCAGCAUAGACGAAGGAGCUAUCCAAAAUGGUUGUCAGGAUGAGCAUAAAAACAGUACGAAGGCUCCAGGAGGACACAGUCCAAAGACUCAGAAUGGACUUUUGAGCCCUCCCCAGGAAGAAAAGUUGAGCAACAGUCAAACCUCGCUUUAUGAAAUGUUGCAGGAGAAAGGAAGAUGGGGUGGAGUGAGCCUGGAUCAAUCGGCUCUCCUUCCUUUGAGGUUCAAAAACAUCAGAGAAAAGACAGAUGCUCACUUUGUGGAUGUGAUUAAAGAAGACAGCCUCAUGAAAGACUACUUCUUUAAACCGCCCAUUAGCAAGCUGAGCCUGAACUUCUUGGACCAGGAUUUGGAGAUGGCCUACAGGACCAGCUAUCAGGAGGAGGUUAUGAAGAACGCUCCAGUGAAGACGUUUGCCAGCGCUACCUUCAGCUCGCUCCUGGACGUGUUCCUCUCCACCACAGUCUUCCUCAUACUCUCUAUCACGUGUUUCCUGAAACACGGGAUGGUCGCGUCCCCUCCGCCACCCGCAGCAGUCGUGGUGUUCAUCAUCGCCAUCCUGCUGGAGGUGCUGUCCCUUGUCGUCUCCAUUAGGAUGGCGUUCUUUCUGGAGGAGGUGAUGACUUGCACCAAGCGGCUCCUGGAGGUGAUAUCUGGCUGGCUGCCUCGACAUUUUUUUGGUGCAAUCCUGGUUUCUCUCCCAGCUCUUGCAGUUUUUUCACACUUCACCUCUGAUUUUGAAACAAAUAUACAUUACACCAUGUUUAUGUGUUGCGCCAUUCUGAUCACCAUUGUGCAGUACUGUAACUUCUGCCAGCUUAGCUCCUGGAUGCGAUCUCUGUUGGCAACCGUAGUAGGAGCAGUGCUUCUCAUUCUGCUCUACGUCUCCUUGUGUCCAGACAGCUCCGUGGAAACUUUUCAUCUAGAUUUGGCCCAGAACUUUAGCUCUGGAAGAAGCCCGUGCAAUAGCUCAGCGCCAAAUGACACGAAGAGGCCGGCAGACCUGAUCGGUCAGGAGGUGAUUUUGGUUUCCUUCCUUCUGCUUCUCCUGGUCUGGUUUCUGAAUCGAGAGUUUGAAGUCAGUUACCGCCUCCACUACCACGGAGAUGUGGAGGCUGAUCUUCAUCGCACCAAAAUUCAGAGCAUGAGAGAUCAGGCUGACUGGUUGCUGAGGAAUAUUAUUCCGUACCACGUGGCUGAGCAGUUGAAGGUUUCCCAGAGCUAUUCCAAAAACCACGACAGUGGCGGAGUCAUCUUUGCAAGUAUCGUGAACUUCAGCGAGUUCUAUGAAGAGAACUACGAAGGAGGAAAAGAGUGCUACAGAGUCCUGAAUGAACUCAUCGGGGAUUUCGAUGAGCUGCUGAGCAAAUCGCACUACAGCAGCAUUGAGAAAAUCAAAACCAUUGGGGCAACCUACAUGGCGGCUUCAGGACUCAACACCUCGCAGUGUCAGGACAGCAACCAUCCCCACGGACAUUUGCAGACCCUUUUUGAAUUUGCCAAAGAAAUGAUGCGAGUGGUGGAUGACUUUAACAACAACAUGCUGUGGUUCAAUUUUAAACUUAGGAUUGGCUUUAACCACGGGCCCCUCACGGCUGGGGUCAUUGGCACCACCAAGUUGUUGUACGACAUCUGGGGUGACACUGUGAACAUCGCGAGCAGGAUGGACACCACCGGCGUGGAGUGUCGCAUACAGGUGAGUGAGGAGAGCUACCGCAUCCUCAACAAGAUGGGGUAUGACUUUGACUAUAGGGGGACGGUCAAUGUGAAGGGGAAAGGUCAGAUGAAGACCUACCUCUACCCUAAAUGCAUGGACAACGGCAUCGUGCCGCAUCACCAGUUGUCUAUAUCUCCAGACAUUCGGGUUCAAGUGGAUGGCAGCAUUGGGCGAUCUCCGACGGACGAGAUCGCCAGCCUGGUGCCUUCUGUACAGAAUUCUGAUAAGAUAGCGCAUGGCACAGAUAACUCAGAAACCAAGGACAUCCUGCCUUCCACCCAGAAGCUCCAGAAAGAUGCAGUGAGAGCGGAGGAGAGGUGCAGGUUUGGCAAAGCCGCCGAGAAGUCUGACUGUGAGGAAGCAGGAACUGAGGAGGCCGAUGAACUGACAAAGCUAAAUAUCUCUAAGAGUGUAUGAUGCACUGUCGAGAGUUGCAUGAAGUGCUCUGUCAAUAGAAACACAAAGACCUUUGCAA